AGAGCAGGUGCUCCAUAUUAUAUAUAUUUUGGUUUAUUGUUUUUCAAGGAGAAAGCUAUGCCUUAUGUUACAUUCUUAGAUUCCAUUCUUGGACCUGUUGGAGUGUACGAGGGUCUGCGAUCAGUCCGCGAUGACAACUUUAUAGACCGGAUGAGUCACUAUUAUACUAACAUAUUCCUGCUCUUUUUUGUCAUUGUCGUGGCCACUGAGGACUACGCUGAACCCAUACACUGUUGGUGUCCCGACGAAUUCACGGACAACGAGAUAUUAUAUACACAACAAUUAUGUUGGGUUUCAAACACCUACCGGAUACCAUUCUCAGAACCGAUUCCCCCUCAGUUUGAACCCAGAAAUAAUGACGAAGUGACGUAUUAUCAAUGGGUUCCUUUAAUACUCUUGUUAAUGGGAGCAUUUUUCACAUUUCCUCGGCAAGUGUGGAGAUACUGUUCGCAAAGGUCUGGAGUAGGGAUCAAGAAAAUGUUGUCUAUGGUAGAAGAGUCCAUUAAGGACACACCGACUGAAAGAGAAAAGAAAGUCAAUAUGGUGGCGGAGUACAUUGACAGUUGGUGCUCAAACGUGAAUCCUUUUCGCGGUGGAAUAUAUUCUGGAAUUCGGGAAAAAUAUGGACGGUAUUGUAGUUUGGGUUUCGGGCGACACUAUGGGAACUAUCUAGUAACAUUAUGUGUGUUUGUAAAGUUUCUUUACUUUUUAAAUGCUGUUGCUCAGUUAUAUUUUCUGAAUGAGUUUCUCGGAGGCAAAGAUUUCUGGGUCUAUGGAUAUGAAGUAAUAUACAAAAUUAUUUUGGAGAAUAACUGGGGUUCAUCCUCUCGGUUUCCAAAAGUUACUCUUUGUGACUUCGAUUUACGACAACUUGAAAACGUUCAGCGAUGGACUCUGCAAUGUGUGCUUCCGGUGAACUUGUACAACGAAAAAAUCUUUAUUUUUCUGUGGUUUUGGAUUUCUCUCGUCGCCUUUCUCAGCUUCUGUAACCUUAUUUACAGCUUAUUUUUGGUCUUCUAUCCACGUCAUAGAACAACAUUUACCAAAAAAUAUCUAAAAAUGGAAGACGUUUACGACAAAGGAAAUUAUUUGUCAAGGAAAAUGGUUCGAAAGUUUGCAGACAGCCACUUGCGACAGGACGGCAUCUUCCUUUUGAAGAUGAUAGCUUUUAAUACAAAUACUGUUUUCGUGUCUCAGAUUAUCAAAAUUAUUUGGGAAAAAUAUCGUGAACGCGUUCAUGAAGUUGGAAGAACAGUUGAAAAUGAAUUUUACGAAGGAAAGCGGGCAACUACGAGGUAUAUUCCAGAGCCAAAUUAUGGUCACUUAACAGAUGGUUAUGAAAGUGAAGUUUGA